CUCGCCUCUCUCGCCGCGUUCUACUCCACCUGCCCCCCACCCUUCUUCACCUCCCACCUAUCUGCCCAAGCACUCCAUCCACAACGCGCGUAAUCCUCUACCGGAAAUACAAAAGGAACACACCAGCCAGUCGAGAGAGCCAGUCGUGAAAGCAAUGGCGACAGAACAGCACACGAGGCUACCUCUGCCACUCGCCGUCACUAUCCCCGCAGUCCUCCCCCCCGCAACCUCUACAAACCCAGCACCGCUCGGCUCUACCACCACCAACAACCUCCCAUUCUCAGCACCAGCACCAGCACCAGUACCAGUACCAGUACCACCAUAUUCAACUGAAACACUCUCCACGUCGACACUGCCUGCCUCAGCGCCACUGUUCAUCCCUGCCACGGGCACAGCCUCGGCCUCGACCCCGGCUUCCGGAAUGCACUCCCCCCCACUGUCUAACACAGUCGAGGAGGAGGACUUUGAAGUGAACUCCGCUGCUGCUGCGACCAAGGCAACAACCAAGCCCAAAUCCAAACCCGAGACUGCUAUACCAGCAGCACCAGCACUAAGACCUACAACUACCGACAAGGACCUCACGCUGCAGACACAGACACAGACCAACAACAACACGACUGCUGCGACCAGCAGACUGCAUAACGAACUGACGGUCGGUUCACGCAAGACCGAGGAGCUCUUGUGGCGGAAGCAGAAACAGCAGCUGGAGCAGCGAACCAAGGAAAAGACCAUCGAACACGUUCUCAACCAAGGCAAGAUUCUCAAGGUUUCCCGUCGACUGAGGACACGGCUCGAAUACGCGAUUCUCAAGAUUCGUCGUGGCUGGACAAAGUACACGCUUCAAGAGGUUGAAUCCCUGAUCCAGCCCGUCUGCUCCCCGCGUAUCACCGCUCGCCAGAUCCAUCAAACCAUCUCCCGUCAGUCCUCCCCACACUUGAGUGACCGAAGACGCGUUGCUCAGCCAACAUAUUCUGUCUACGACAACAACAACGACAGCCGUUCAGAGGAGGAUGAGGACGAGGCUACGCCAGCAACCAGGACCCCACAGUCCUAUCAACGCAGCUCGUCUCACCCCGCAACCAGCAUGGACAUCGACCGCGAAUACGACAACAUCCAGAUCUCUUAUCAUCCCUCGGCACCGUCGACUCCGACGGGCCGUUUCCGAUCGAGGAUGCCUUCGUUGUCGCAGUACAAGGAUUCGGAACUGUUUGAACCCGCAAAGUCACUUAUGGAUAUCGCCACAUCCCACUACGUCUUUGAUACAGCGAGUCCACAACAGCAGCAGCAAUAUUCUAGUAGCGGCAGCGUCUCGGCUCCACAUUCGCCCAGAACCUUGACUUCGGCAUCAGUAUCACUUUCGCCGGAUCGGUCACCGGUCAUGGCUGCUGCCGCUGCUGCUGCUGCUGCUGCACAGGCUCCCCAGGCCUCUCAGGCGGCAUAUUAUCCGCAACCAAAAGCGUUGAAGCAGCCAUAUUACGCAAACCUGUACGAGCCCUCGUCUCCCUCACCGUUGUCGACGUCGCUAUUCCCGUCGAUGGAGGAGUCAACUAUGAGGAGUCAGAGCCGGAGCUCGAGUCCGACACUUAAGCGGGCCGUUCGUUUCGCGGCCGCGGCGACGAAUGCAUCCUCGACCUCGUCGGCUGCAGAGCCGGAGAUCCUCUCGUUCGAUAGGAUUAAGGAAAAGAUUUCGGGGCUAGGAGGGGAGUACAAUAGCGCGGCAGAGCAGAUCUAUCCGGAAUCGCAGCCCGGUCACGAUAACAAGAAGGAGUUGUCGGCACCUGCACUGGUGUUGACGUCCUCUCCCUAUGAUCGAGAAUUAUCAUACAUGGCAGGAACGUAUCACGGCAGCCGACCUUCAACCCCGCCACCUCCAACAGCAACACAGGGACUGCUCUCAUCACCCUCGUAUUAUUCGGUACCAGGGCCGUAUGGUGCUUCCUCUGCUUCGAUCACGCCGACACCCAUGGGAUCGUCGCAUCAUCAUGGGAUGAGAACACCACCGAUGAGUGGGGGUAGGGACUUUGAUUUGAGCCAUUAUUCGUUGGGAACGAAGAGGAGGAGGGAUCAUGAUAUGGUCCCUGCGGGCACAACGGACCUACCGACGAUGUUCCGGUAUGGUGGAACCUCUGCCUCGAACUCGCCCCGUUCUCAUUGAAAACGUGCCGGAUGCCCCAUAAUGCACAGUCUCUAGUGCGAUGUGUAACUUGUAGUUUUGUUUUUGUGUUAUAUUUAUCUGUAGUAUUAUUUAUCCUCCAUAGAACCAACCUUAAGAAUUCUCCUUUUUGUAUCAUGAUGCUGGCAUCCCUACUUUGUUUGGUGGC